AUGGGUUUCGAUUCACCUAGAGGACGUGGAGGCGGAGGUAAUUUUUAAAGUUGUACAAAAUAUCAAGAAAAUAUUUUUCUAGGCUUCCGUGGCGGACGUGGUGGAAGCAGUGGAUUUACCCCGCGAGGAGGCGGCGGCGGAUUCCGUAGCGGUGAUAGAGGUCGCUCUCCAGGAGGUUUCCGCGGAGGCGAUAGAGGACGAUCACCGGGAGGUUUCACUCCGAGAGGUGGUGGUGGUUUCCGCGGAAGUGAUAGAGGAGGUGGCGGUUUCCGUGGAGGCGACAGAGGACGUUCUCCUGGAGGCUUCACUCCAAGAGGCGGAUUCCGUGGACAGAGCGGAGAUCGUGGAGGCUUCCGUGGACAUAGCAGUGAUCGCGGAAGCUCGCCAUGGCGUGGAGGACGUGGUGGAGGAGAUCGUGGUGGUGUCUCUUAUCGCGGCAGAGGAGAUUUCUCCGGAGGAUUCAGAGGUGACAACAAGUUCUCACCGAGAGGAGGCGGCCGUGGUGGUUUUACUCCACGCGGACGUGGCGGAAAUGAUUUUUCUCCUCGUGGUGGACGCGGAAACUUCCAAUCGCGUGGAGGCAGUGCCAAUCGUGUCGGCUUCAGUGACAAGAGAAAGAAGUUCGGCCAUGACGACGACGAAGAGGAACACGAAGGUAUUCCGUUUCGAUUUGUAAAGAUAAAUAUUUUUCGUUAUACCAGAAGUCCCUAAGAAGAAGUUCGCUGCCACUCCGUUCGCAAAGCAACCAAAGAACGAUCAGUCGUCUGACGAAGAUGAAGAGGACGAAGAGGAGAGCGAGGAUGAGCCAACACCAGCAAAGAAAGUGGUGAAGGGAGCUCUCGCUGCUGCUGCGGAAGACUCGGAUGACGACGAGGAUGAUGACGAUGAGGAAGAAGGUUCGAGUUUGUUUUAGUAUCAGUUUCUUUAUAGUUGCUUUAGAAUCCGGGACUGAGACUUCACCAGCCAAGAGAGGUGUGCCCUCAGCUGAUGACGACGAAGAAGAAGACGAGGAAGAGGUUGAGGUUGAAGACGAAGAAGAUGAGGAGGUAGGAAACAGAAUAUCUUUAAAAUCUCAGAUUAUUAACAUGGUUCUUUUCAGGAGGAGGAGGAUGAGCAGGAGACUGAACCAGUUACAAAGACUCCAUCUCUUAAGAGUUCUCUGAAAACAAUCGACUCCACCAAGGGGAAACAAGUCAAUAUUGCGACUGUUGCCACUCCGACAACUGUUGACAAGAAGGCUCCAUCAACACCACAUCCCGCCAAGAAUGCUAAGGGUCUGUCUGGUGCCGUUCCAGUCUUGAAGUUCGACGACGAUGAAAGCGAUGAGGAUGUUGAAGAGGAAGAAGACGAAGAGGAGGAGGAGGAGGAAGAAGAAGUGGUUGCGGUCAAAAAAUCUCCGGCGACGAAAGGAUCUUUGAGCCAAAUAGCCCAAGCGAUUCAAGACAACAGCGACGAGGAGGAUGAGGAAGACGAAGAGGACGAAGAAGAGGAGGAAGAGGUCGUGCCAGUCAAUAAAGCUCACGCCGUUAAAGGUUCUUUGAGCCAGAUAGCUAAGGCUAUCCAGGAAGAUAGUGAUGAAGAGGAUGAAGAUGAGGAAGAGGGAGAUGAAGAAGACGAGGAGGAAGAGGGUGAUGAGGAAGACGAGGAGGAAGAGGUGACUGAAGUUGAUGUCCCUAUCAUCAAGUCAAAGAACGAUCUUCUGAAGCAGAUUGCUGCUAAUCGUGCUGCUGCCUCUGCUGCCGUCGACUCCGAUGAAGAGGAAGAAGACGAGGAGGAGGACGAAGAGGAAGAAGAGGAAGAGCCAGUGGUUAAGAAGCCGAUUAAAAGUCCAGCUGCCAAAGCACAAACGCAGGCACCGAAGGUUGUCGAGAAACAAGGUCUGAAGAGAAAGAUUGAGGAGCCUACCGUGACUUCCAAACAAGUCAAAAGCGAUGGUGCAUCCAUUGUCGGCGAAGAGGAAAGAAGACGACAGGAGAGAGAUUCCCGCUCAUUGUUUAUCAAGAACAUCCCGAAAAAGGCAAAAGAUGAGGAAAUAACUAGUCUCUUGACUGGACUUGACUCGUUCCGCCGCAAGAAAAAUUCUAAUUUCGGAUGGAUUGUCUUCAACACUCUUGCUGACUGCAAGAAGGCGCACGCUACUCUCGCGAAGGCCAAACUGCAAGACGGGAAGUCGCUUUUUGUCGAUUUCUGUGGCGCUUCUAGCCAGUCCGAAAAACACCGUAUGUUUUAUCUUUCAAUUUCUCAAUCAAUUUCUGCUUUUCAGACGACGAACGACCAAUCAACCCUCUCCAAAUAUUUGUCAACGCGUUGCCAAAUGCUUGCAGCAAGACAGAUCUGAGCAACAUCUUCAGAGCUGCCACUGAUAUCAAGAUCAUCACCCCAAACCGUAACCCAAGCUCCAAAAAGAAGGCUUUCGUUACCUUCGGAACCGAAGCUGAUGCGCAGGCUGCUUUUGCCAAGUCGAAUGGCUUGCGUGUGCACAAUCAACUCGUGGACGUCUUCUUCGCUCGUCAACCAGAGAACAAACUUGCGGUUGCGAAACCGAAGCUUGUCCACUCCAAAAAAGAGGCGGCACCAGCUCCCCAGAAGAAGGUUGUUCCGAAGGUGGCCGAGUCCUCGGGCGACGACAGUGAGGAGGUUGCCUCGAGUGAUGAGGGAAUCGAGGAGGUUGUUGAGGAGAAACCAAUGAUAAAUAAAGUUCAGAAGGCAAGUUUAAGAAAUUCAAGAAUAGCCUUUCAAUGUAUGAUUUUCAGGUGGCCCCGAAAGCGGCUCCACGUGUUCAACAAAAGAAGCCACAGUUCAAGAAGGCUGGUUUCAAAGGAAAGAAGUAA